AUGGGGAAUUUCCUUGUUCACUUGGAAUUUUUCUCUCCCUAUUAUAUUAGAUUUGUUUUGUGGCUAUUAUUUCAGCUGGAUGGGAAGAAACUCGGGGUUCGCCCCUCAGUUGAGCAGGACACUUUAUUUCUUGGAAAUCUUAACAAAGGUUGGGGUGCGGAGGAAUUUGAGAGUAUUGUGCGCCAGGUUUUUCCAGAUGUUGUAUCUGUUGAUCUUGCACUUCUUGGAGAUGUCCAACCUGGUCAGAAGCAACGGAAUCGGGGUUUUGCUUUCGUGAAAUUCCCAUCUCAUGCUGCUGCGGCUCGUGCUUUUCGGGUAGGCUCCCAAUCUGAUUUUCUCAUUGAUGGCAAGUUACAUCCAUCUGUACAGUGGGCUGAGGAACCUGAUCCCAAUGAACUUGCUCAGAUCAAAGCAGCCUUCGUUAGAAAUGUACCUCCUGGUGCUGAUGAAGAUUACUUGAAGAAGCUCUUUCAGCCCUUUGGCAAUGUAGAGAGGAUAGCUCUAUCCAGGAAAGGUAGCUCCACCAUUGGAUUCGUUUACUUCGAUAAGCGAUCUGUAAGUUUAGCCGUUGUCAUUGUUAGUAUGAGUUUGACUUUCUUUCUUGGAGCUGAUCAAUUUGGCAUUUGUGUGCAAGUCCCUUCAACUUGUGGAUGUUCUACUCCUGCUCUAGUUACUAAUUUCACUACCCCCUGUAAUUUUGGUGAAUGCUACUUUUUUUUGUCCUCUGGCAACUUUUAGGUGCAAAUCAUUGAUUUCUUAUAUUCAUGUAUAUCAAAUGUGAAAUUAUUUUAAUGUCUGAUUAUAAUGUCUUCAAAAUAAAAAACCUAGAACAAAUAAACAAAUUAACUAUUUUGAAUUUCAAAUUUGGGUUAAAGCUCCUCCAGAAUGUGUUAUUCAACACCUAAUGAUCAAGAAGCCAUCUUAUAGCCCGCAAAAGUUUGUCAGUGUCGACUUGAUCAAAAUUAAUUUGUCAGUUUCGUUUGGUCAUUCAAAUUUAAGAUGAAAUUAUUGUUCCUUUUAUUUUUGUUAUGUAGUUAGAAAUUUUGAUUUCUUUUCAAUAGCUUGCAGUAAAGUAGUUGAGUGCUUUUCAAAACAAUAUAACAACAACUACACCCCAGUCCCAAACAAGUUGGGGUCGUGUAUAGGAUCCUCACUGACCAUGUUACUCAAUUUAAACUCAUCUCAUGCCAAUAUUUAUCAGGAAAAAAAAACUCACCUCAUGCCAAUGUUAUGCAAGUACAAUGUUUUUAAAACAAAAAAAAGGUGAUAAAAGAGUUCUUAGUAUUUUUAAGUGCAUUUAUUUUAUUAAAAUGAUCCUCUGUCUUCAUUGUCAGCUCUUCGAUAUGAUGCAAAAAUAACCCAUUGAAGCUCUUUGUGCCAAACCCUAUUGGAAACCCCCCACCCCCCAAAAACAAGUUGGGGUUGCCUAUAUGACGUAUCACUGUCCGCUUCGUUCAUUUAAGCCUGUCUCA